AUGUCAAGCCCUAUGAUGCCCGCGUUUAUGGUCUCGGCCCCAGGCAAAGUGAUUGUCUUUGGAGAGCACUCGGUUGUGUACGGCAAGGCUUCCAUUGCGGCGGCAAUAGCACUUCGAUCGUACCUGCUCGUUACUACCUUGUCAAAGUCGAAGCGGACUCUGACUCUUCGAUUUCCCGAUGUCGACAUGGCGCAUACCUGGAACAUUGACGAGCUGCCGUGGGAGAUCUUCUCAACGCCCGGAAAAAAGAAGUUCUACUAUGAUCUUGUGACGACUCUCGACCCGGAUCUUCUCGACGCUCUCCAGCCACACCUUGCCAACGUGUCGCCUUCCAAGUCCGAGCACGAGCGUAAGGUGCAUCAAUCAUCAGCCUUGUCGUUCCUCUACCUGUUCUUAUCGCUCGGGUCACAAAAGUUUCCCGGUUGCAUCUACACUCUACGGUCGACGAUUCCCAUAGGUGCAGGACUCGGUAGCAGCGGAUCCAUUGCCGUGUGCAUGGCGACAGCCCUGCUGCUGCAGCUGCGUACAUUGUCUGGGCCCCAUCCUGACCAACCAUCAGAAGAAGCGCGGCUGCAGGUUGAGAGGAUCAAUCGGUGGGCUUUUGUGGCUGAAAUGUGCAUCCACGGCAACCCAUCAGGCGUGGAUAACACAGUAUCGACACAGGGAAAGGCUGUUGUUUUCCAGCGUACCGAUUACGGCAAACCACCGUCGGUUAAGCCACUGUGGAACUUCCCCGAGCUCCCGCUGCUGCUUGUGAACACGAAGCAACCAAAGUCCACUGCACAUGAAGUGGCAAAGGUGGCUCGCCUGAAGAAAACUUACCCAGAACUAAUCGGGAAUGUUCUCGAUGCAAUGGAUUCUGUUGCGCGAAAUGCUAUUAGUCUGAUGGACAGGGGUCAUGGACCUGAAAGCAGCGAUGCCGAUAGCAAGGACUCGGAAUCGAAAAGCAAAGCAAACAGUGCAGAUAACGGCGCCUCGCACGAUGCGGCAAAGGGCGAGGCAAACAGCGACGGCAGCCAGAGUUGCUUUGAUGCGACAGACCUCGAGGACCUUGGCGAGCUCGGCGAGCUGAUGACGAUCAACCACGGCUUGUUGGCCUCCCUGGGCGUGUCACACCCGCGCUUAGAGCGCGUGCGUGAGAUCGUCGAUCACGCGGGCUUCGGGUGGACAAAGCUUACAGGUGCUGGUGGCGGCGGAUGCUCGAUCACGCUCAUGAAGCCGGGCACACCGGAACAAAGACUAUUGGAGCUCGAGCAGCAACUGAAAGACGAAGGUUACCAACAGUUUGUCACAACCCUAGGUGGUGAUGGAGUGGGCGUUCUCUGGCCGGCGGUUCUGAGGAACGGCAUGGAUGAAGACGAAGAGGGAGGCAUGGAGAUUGACAUGGAGAAGUUUCUCAAUGCAGAAGGUAAUGACGGUGUCGAACGGCUUGUGGGCGUUGAGGGCGGUGCCGGGGAGCGUGAAGGCUGGAAAUUCUGGCGACAGUAG